AUGGCGUCGUCGUCUCUCAUUUCCAAUAUUCUUUUUCUUCUUCUUCUCUCUUUCACCAAAGAAGCUUUAUCUGUGUCAAAACUUUCAUUGACUGAUCAUCGUAAUUACGUUAGCCGGGAAGUACUGGCAGAACAAGAAGCUGAUAGAGUUUAUGAAUUACCAGGGCAACCACCAGUGAAAUUCAAGCAAUAUGCAGGUUAUAUCACUGUCAAUGAAACUCAUGGAAGAGCACUGUUUUAUUGGUUCUUUGAGGCCACCCAUCAACCACACAAAAAACCAGUUCUACUGUGGCUCAAUGGAGGCCCAGGUUGUUCCUCGAUUGGUUAUGGAGAAGCAGAGGAGUUAGGACCCUUCUUUCCUCAGGACAGUUUCCAGCCAAAGCUAAAGUUGAACCCUUAUUCAUGGAACAAUGCCGCGAAUCUUUUGUUUUUGGAAAGCCCUGUUGGAGUGGGAUUCUCCUACACCAACAACAGCUUUGAUUUGAAUGAGCUUGGUGACGCCAUGACUGCUAAGGAUUCACACACCUUCAUAGUCAAGUGGUUUAGAAGAUUUCCACAAUUCAGAUCACACGAGUUCUACAUUGCUGGCGAAAGCUAUGGAGGGCACUACGUUCCACAAUUGUCCGAGCUCAUUUUCGAUCACAAUAGCAAUCGUGCCAAGAAAGACUACAUCAGAUUCAAAGGAUUCAUGAUUGGAAAUGCAGCAAUUGACGACGAAGCAGAUCAGAAGGGUUUGGUAGAGUAUGCCUGGUAUCAUGCAGUGAUAUCCGAUGGCUUAUAUCAGAACAUUACAACAAAUUGCAAUUUCAAAUUUGAAAAUCAAACAGACGAAUGCAAUCGCUAUGUGGAUAAGUUCUUCGUUGCGUAUGACGUUAUUGACUUAUACAGCUUGUACACUCCCACGUGUGUCAGCAACAUCAACAGCACAGCCCCUGUCGUCAGAGGCACAACCCCAAAAUCUUUCUCCAAAAUUGUGAGCUUUCGCCUACUGUUUCUUAAUAAGUGGCAUAGAAGACCAGAAGGAUAUGAUCCCUGUGCAUCCGAUUACACUGAAUUUUACCUAAACAGGCCAGAAGUCCAAAGGGCACUACAUGCCAAUGUCACCAAAAUUUCCUAUUCAUGGAGUCACUGCAGUAACGCUAUCCAGGAUUGGAAUGACUCGCCAGCAUCCAUUCUUCCUGUCAUCAAGAAACUUGCUGCUGGUGGUCUGCGCAUUUGGGUUUACAGUGGAGAUACUGAUGGAAGAGUUCCUGUGACUGGAACAAGAUACGCUUUGAAAAAGUUGGGGCUCCCCAUUGUUGAAGAUUGGACUCCAUGGUAUACUAGCCAACAGGUUGGAGGAUGGAGAACGAUUUACGAUGGGCUUACUUUUGUGACCAUAAGAGGUGCUGGCCAUGAAGUUCCGACCUACACUCCCAAACCAGCUCUGCAGCUGCUACGACACUUCCUUGCAAAUAAGAAAUUACCAUCUCAACCAAUUUAA